CCAACGAACGUUGACCCGACUUAAGGCGCUUCUCAAUGGUGCUGCCGUUCGCUUCAUCUCCAUCUCCAUCUUCUCCGCACACACCAGCCGCCGCCCGCUGCGGUCAGCCACACGGGAUCCGUCAAGCAACGCCGGGGCACGAUGCACCAUUGCCGCACAAGCAGAUUGGCAUCGGCAUCAUCGGAUGUGGCCGCAUCGGCCGUCUGCACGCUCACAACAUCUCCAGACACGUCUCGAAGGCGAGGCUGGUUGGCCUCGCAGAUCCCUUUAUCGAAAAGGGCGAUAUGGAGUGGGUGAGGGAGCUGGGCAGCCCACUCACGUACACCGACUACAGGGACUUGCUCGCCCAUCCAGAUGUCGACGCCGUCUUCAUCUGCUCGCCGACCACCACGCACGCCGAGUAUCUCAUUGAGGCGGCCACGCUCGGUACGUCAGGGGAAGGGGUGCGUGUCGGCAUCUGCAUGUGUUGUGUGUGUGUGUGUGUGUGUGUGUGUGUUUCAGGCAAGCAUGUGUUCUGCGAGAAGCCCAUCGACUUGCGAAUCGAGCGCACAGAGGAGGCGCUGACUGUGGCGCGAGAGGCUGGCAUCGUCCUGCAGGUGGGCUUCAACCGGCGAUUCGACCCCUCAUUCGCCAACGUGAGGGAGCGAUGCAAAGCCGGCGAGAUCGGCCAGAUCGACAUCAUCAAGAUCACCUCGAGGGACCCCGAGCCGCCCCCCAUCAUGUACAUCGAGCAGUCCGGCGGCAUCUUCGUCGACAUGAGCAUCCAUGACAUCGACAUGUGCAGGUACAUCGCCGGCAGCGAGGUGACGGCCGUGCAAGCAGCGGGCAGCGUGCGGGCAGACGCCGCCAUUGGCGAGGCGGGCGACGUCGACACGGCCGUCCUGAUGCUCUUCUUCGAGAACGGCGCGAUGGCUGUCAUCGACAACAGCCGCCAGGCGUGCUACGGCUACGACCAGCGCAUCGAGGUGUUCGGCAGGCUUGGCAUGCUGCGGGCAGAGAAUGACACGCCCACACGUGUCGAGAGCUUCACCGGGGCCGGGUGGCAGGCGGACAAGCCCCACUGGUACUUCCCGCAGAGGUUCGAGCGUGCCUUUGUGAGGGAGGUGGAGGCGUUCGUCGAUUCGGUGGAGAGGAGGGCGGCGCCGAUGGUGGGCGGCGAGGACGGCCUUGCGGCCCUACUGAUAGCACAGGCCGCCAACCAGGCAUUGCGGCUGCAGAGAAGGGUCGUGAUUGAUGAGAUCAUGGAGCAGAAGGCUGCGUAGAGAGGGAGGGGGUGGGGGGGAGGACCGGGGGAGGGAGGGAAUGUAUUUAUGGCGUGUGUUUUGUCUGUCUAGUUGCGGUGAGGUUCGUCCAUUUGACUUGCCUAGCUGAUAGAACUGUAAUGGAAUGGCCGCCUUCUGUGUCGAGGGGUAGUUGGCUCGCCUUCUGUCAUCGGGUUCGUCUCUGCAACGCAAGGUAGGCAGCGUGGUACGAUGCUGGUUGCCUGUCGUGGCGUUGACGGGGGAAAUGACAGAAAGCGAGUCAGCGGAGGGGCAAGCGCCAAAUGGUGUAUGUAUUACACAGAAGAAGAGAGAUGACGGCCGUUGGGUGUGGAUUGCAUUGCAUUCAUGGCGUGGCGUGCGUGUGUACUGUCGAUACGUAUGUGUGUAUCUGUCUGUCUCCCAUCGCAUGUAUAGCGACUGUUUUGGGGGGGAGUGACGACACAUCUGCCCUUCCGUAUUGGUUUGAUGUCACUCGUUUGCAACUCUUGUCUAGAUAGAUGCUACUUCUCGGCUGGGAGCUGUGUUUUGUGAUCACAACACACAAGAUGGCAGACUGCUUCCUUGUGAAGAAAUGUCUUUGGAAUGCUU